CACACACACACUGCUGUCGUGCCUGUUUCUACCUCAGAAGCUGCAGGAAAAACACACCUGCAGUGAAAAUGUUGAGGACAUCUCUGAUGAGCCUCGGACUGCGGGUGAACCGGCAGCAGCACGCCGGGAUUCAGACGGCUAAAGCCGGCCUGAAUGCGGGGAAUCAUGCGGGCAUCCACCGCCGUGACGCAGCCACCACCACCACCACCGUGAUAAAUGACUCCGUGAAACAGAAAACCAUGGAUGAUUUAGGCGGACCGAGUUUGAUGUCCACUUUGAACUGGCUUUUUGUAAAGGGCUAUUUCAAAAAGGCGCAACAAAUGCAGAUUGAGCACAGGAAGAUCUACGGUCCUCUGUGGAAGUCAACGUUCGGGCCUCUGGUCAUAGUGAACGUGGCGACCGCUGAGCUGAUCGAGCAGGUCCUGAGGCAGGAGGGGAGGCACCCAGUCCGCUCAGACAUGCCCCACUGGAGGAGAUACAGGGAGGUCAGGAACCAUGCCUACGGACCCCUGACAGAAAUGGGGGCCAAUUGGCAGCGCAUCCGCAGCAUCCUGAACCCUCGGAUGUUGAAGCCCAAACACGUCUCCUCCUACACGAACACCGUCAACGACGUGGUGACGGACUUCAUCCACAGAGUGGCCUGGCUCAGGGAUACAAACGGAGGCGGAGUGAUGGUCAACGACCUGACGGAGGAACUCUACAAAUUUGCUUUUGAAGGUAUCUGUUCAGUGUUGUUUGAGACUCGUAUGGGCUGCAUGAACGAGGAGGUGCCGGAGGAAACACAAAAGUUCAUCGUCUCCGUGGGUGAAAUGUUUCGUCUCUCCAACAUCAUCAUCCUCUUCCCAAAGAGCAUCUGGCCCUACAUCUCCUACUGGAAACAGUUUGCGGCCGCCUGGGAUCACCUCUUCAAAAUCUCGGAGGAGCUGGUGCAGAAGAAGAUGGUGCAGAUCCAGCAGCAGAUGCACCUGAAGCAGCAGGUGGAGGGAGCGUACCUCACACACCUGCUGCUCAGCGACCAGAUGACCGUCACAGAGAUCCUGGGCAGCAUCACCGAGCUGCUGCUGGCAGGAGUCGACACCACCUCCAACACUAUCGCGUGGUCUCUGUACCAGUUGGCAAAGAUACCAGAGAUCCAGGAGCAGCUUUACCAGGAAGUGAUCCGUGUGUGUCCCGGGGACAAGGUGCCCACCAGCGAAGACAUCGCUCACAUGCCGUACCUGAAGGCUAUCAUCAGAGAGACGCUUCGGUUGUAUCCGGUGGUUCCAGGAAACGCCCGACUCAAUGUUGAAAAUGAGAUUGUGGUCGGAGAUCAUCUCUUCCCCAAAAACACGCUGUUCCACCUGUGCCACUACGCUGUGUCCUACGAUGAGAGCAUUUUCCCCGACGCUCACUCCUUCCUGCCCGACCGCUGGCUGAGAGGAUCCGAUGAGAGGACCAAGCAGCAUCCGUUCGGGUCGGUGCCGUUCGGCUUCGGGAUCCGGGCGUGUCUGGGCCGACGGGUGGCCGAGCUGGAGAUGUACCUGCUGCUCUCCAGGUUGAUAAAGCAGUACGAGGUGCGUCCGGACCCUACAGGAACCACGGUGGAGCCGAUCACCAGAACCCUGCUCUGCCCGGCGACACCCAUCAACCUGCAGUUUUUGGACCGACCCCGAGCGAGGGUUUCUGUCUGAGCCUCGCUUAGUAUUCACACCGUGUCCCCGCCUGUUACCAAGCACGGAGCGGUCACAUCAAGAGGACCGGCUGGAAGGCACCACACAACAAGCUGGAUACAGUUGUAGUCUUUUGUUUGGUCAGGAUUAACCUUUCCUCUAGUUUUGAUCUUGUUUUAGUCCCACAAAUUUCACUUUUUUACUUCGAAGAUCGGAGAUUUAACACAAUAUUGGUUUAGCCAUGAUCACGUGUCCAAGAUAAUAGAAAUAUAUUUAAUAAUGCCACAUCUCUUAUGCUGCUUCCCAUUUGCAUUUUCUCCUCAUGGUUAUGUGUGUUUUGGCUAGUUUUCCAAAUUCCAAAAUACAAACAUGUAACUCCUUUAGGCAGUGUUGGAAAAAGUACUCAGAUCCCUUACUUAAGUAAAAGUAAAAAUACUAUAGUCCUAAAAUACUCCACUACAAGUCCUGAUUUCAACAUUUUACUUUAGUUAAAGUGGACCUAUCAUGCUAUAUUUGAAUAAUAUAGUGUAGGACCAUACCUAUAUAAGGCAUAUUUAUACUUUUUUUUUUU